AUUUGUAAAUUGCUGACUUCAUUUCAAUAGUGACUUCGGCGUUUUGAAGUUUUAAACGAAUUUGUUAAAAAGUAUUCUAUAAAAGAUGUUCCUGACUAGAAGUGAAUAUGAUAGAGGUGUUAACACCUUUUCACCUGAAGGAAGAUUAUUCCAAGUUGAAUAUGCCAUAGAAGCUAUAAAAUUGGGUUCUACAGCCAUUGGUAUAUCCACAUCGGAAGGUGUUGUUUUAGCAGUAGAAAAAAGAAUAACUUCGCCACUCAUGGAACCCACCACUAUUGAAAAAAUUGUUGAAGUUGAUAAACACAUUGGAUGUGCUGUUUCUGGGCUUAUGGCUGAUUCUAGAACCAUGAUUGAUAGGGCAAGAAUAGAAUGCCAAAACCAUUGGUUUGUUUACAACGAAAACAUGAGCGUUGAAUCUUGUGCCCAAGCGGUUUCGAAUUUGGCCAUUCAGUUCGGCGAUUCCGACGACGACGGGGCGGCCAUGUCCAGACCCUUUGGAGUUGCCAUUUUGUUCGCCGGAAUUGACGAAAAGGGUCCCCAGCUAUACCACAUGGACCCUUCGGGCACUUUCGUUCAAUUCGACGCGAAAGCGAUUGGUUCCGGUUCGGAGGGAGCGCAGCAGAGCCUUCAGGAGGUUUACCAUCGCAGCAUGACCUUGGCGGAGGCUACCACGUCCGCUUUGACCAUCCUCAAGCAGGUCAUGGAGGAGAAAUUGAACUCUUCCAACGUGGAAGUCAUGACAAUGACCCCGGAUAACUUUUUCCACAUGUUUGCCAAGGAACAGGUCGAGGAGGUAAUUUCAAAGAUAUCCUAAAUUUUCGCGCAAAAUUAUUACUAUUUAAUAAGCAUAAAAAAAUAAUAAUUGUGUUAACACGUUUUUAUAUACAAAUAAUAAACAUUUGAAAUGUGGGGUAUAAUAUUUUUACCCAGAUACUCUUCCAUUUCCAAUUUUCCUUCUUUACUAUAUUUUAUGGAAAUUUUAUCCAGCUG